AUGUGCUUCGUUGAAUACAUCAGCUAUUACUGCGGCCACUCCACGGUGCCCGUUCACCGCAUCUGCCCCAUGACGACGCACAAGCACAGCAACCCAGUGUGCCCCAACCCGGUGCAGCGCCCCACCGAGGUGUCGUUCAUGUGCCCAGCUUGCACGCGCAUCCUGCACGGCCGCUGGGUCGAGAUCAUCAUGUACGAGCACCGCUGGAUGCACGAGCGCGGCACCUGCGGCUGCCCCGUUCAGUUCCCAGGACUGCAGCAGCCACGCAUGGUCGGCAAGGACGUCGGCAACCCUAGCACUCACGAAAUCAACAGAGACAAUCUCAAGCUGCAGCAAAAGCGGCAGCCGCAAAUCGUCGUCAGUGAUGUCACCAACGGCACCAGCCAGGAGGCCAACAAAGGUGGCCUGCAGAACUUCGGCUCCAUCUCGAUGUUAACCACUUCCGGCGACGGCACCCGUUACAGCCCGGCCGAAGGCAAGAAGCCAGCCCCUCAACCUCACGUCAUAUCCUGGGGCAGCCUCCCCCCGAUCCUCGAAGUCAAGGAAGACGCCAGCGACACAUACAAGCCGCAGAUCAACAUGCGGCUCGCGAGCCAGUACGGCAUCGAGUGGAUGCCUGACCACUACGAGCUGCACGAGAGCGGCAAGUGCCACUGCCCCGUCCGCUUCGAGACUUACCAGCCGCACGACCUUCCCGAGGCCUUCGAGCUUUCUAAGAUGGAGGACCAGGCAGACUCCGACACCGGGGCGCCAUCGAUUCAGAUGCCCCAAACCGUGAUCCCCAAGGAGAAGGUCCGCUACAUGGACGUGGUGAUCUGGACGGUCAACGAGAACACCCCCGAGGGCGAGCGCAAGAUCCCUUGGCCCCAGCGACCCGAGGACUACGGUUUCCGCUCCGUGGCCGAGGCGCGUGUGUGUCUGGGUAUGCAGCUUGGCCGACAGGACCCCAUCAACAGCUUACCCGUCUAUGGAGGAAGCAGCAGAGGCGGCGACAUUCCGGCGGCAGUGGAUGAUGCGGUGCGAGAGUCGAUCGAGUGGGACAUUGAAAUCGCGGGCGGCGAUCUCCGACCCCAUGGUUUGACAUCUGUUCGUCUGUCCCAGCAUGGCGAUCCCAUCGUUGGCUGGCCUAUUGGCGCUGGACCUGAGGGCGGCAUCGAGAACUCUCACGCGUCGAGUUGGUACUCUUGCGGGAUCUCGCGACCUAAGUUGCGGCGCUCGAAGUCGUGGACUUAG